AAAUGGGAGGAAGGCUGCGCUUGCGACCUACCACUCGCGCUGGAGGACGGAGUUUCAUUUGAAAACUUGGAAUGAAUGGGAUCUUUCUGGCUUAUUUUAUCCACUUGAUCCCACAUCAGUCCUUCCUGUGAUAUAAAGAGACCAAACCUCAGCUGGGAUUCAUCAGGCCGUAAUGUCGGCAUCCGUGAGCGGGGAGGAUACCUCCAUUCGGGAGGGGUUCCUCUGUCCCAUCUGUAUGCAGGAUCUGAACUCAGUCUACCAGCUGCAGGUACACUUUGAAGAGAACCACAGCAGUGAGGAUAAAGCCCUGCUUCACCAUCUCAAGGGAUUUUUCGGCAAAGCCAAGAGGUUCCUAGGGAAGACUGGGGAGCCUGCUGCGGAGGUUACGCAGGUUGAGGAAGAUGAGGGAGACAGAAACACCGGGUCAGUGACGCAGACGUCAAGCGUCAGCGGCAUCGAUGAUACACAGUGGGCUCCACAGGAAAUAGGAGCCAUGCGAGGCCAUUAUCAGUACUUCAGGGGUCAGCGAGGGUCGCACAUUGACCGUAACACCGUGGAGACAAACAAACUACUCAUACGCCUUGAGAAACUGGUCAAGUUCAACGCCGAGUGUGCCGAUCCAGCCAAGCGUAAAGGUAAACGGGCAAGAAAAGCCUUUGAGAAGACCGUCGUGCCUUGGAAGGAAGACUCCUCUGUGAAGUUUUGUCCAUUCUGCCUGGAGCGAUUUGGUCUGUCCCUGAGACGUCACCACUGUCGUCUGUGUGGCAACAUUGCCUGCUCAAAAUGUUCGGAUUUCAUGCCCAACACAGUUUGUGAAAACUUGCUGAAAUCGGAGGAGGAAAUACUGAGGGACUACCAACGGCAGCAGGCAAGGAAAGAUGAGGGAGCAGAUGGGAGAGAAGACGAAGACAUGAGUGGGACACUGAGAGUCUGUAAACACUGUGAUCAACUGCUGAUAAUGAGACUACAGGCGGUCAGGCAGAAGGUCAUCAAACCUACCAUUGUAUUACUAUACGAGAGGCUGAGUGAGAUGGAAAACCACAUCAUUGCACAGCUGUCAGUGUACAAUCCAAAGGUUGAAUCACUGCUGUCUGGAAGCUCCGGUCUCAGUCGGGAUGUGCUGGAGAGAGAACGUACCAAAAUAUUGCAGAACUUUGAUCUUAGUGACACGAUUAGCAAGAAAAUAUUGGGCUUAGCUACAUCCACCUCCAGCUCCACCCAGCAGAGAUUGUACCAGAAGAUCCGCACCCACUGCACCCUCUUCCUUCAAGCCAACAUGCACACCAUGGUCACCUUGCCCACGAAGGAGGAGCUGCAGAAACUGCAGCAGGAGCGGAGGGCUGCCAUCGCCCGCCGCAUCCAGGAGGAGAAGGAGGCCGAGCUGGAGGCCCAGCGACAGGAACGCCUCAGCCAGGAGAGGAGGGAACAGAGGGCGCUGGAGAACACCAAGAAGGGCCACGUCCGCAUCCCCAGCUGGCCGCUGAACCUGAAUCUAAACCUAAACAAGAGCAAGCAGGACACCUCCCCAACCAAGAGCAGCACGGGGGGCGGGGCCAGGACAUUGGAGGGUGGUUGGAAGCCAUCGGCCAUGAGCGAGGCGGAGCUGAUGGCAUCUUCGGACAAUCCCAUGGUGCAACAGAUGAACAUCAUCAGGAAUUACAUCCGUCAGGCCAGGGAGAUGCAGAGAGCGGACGAAGUCCGGAUGCUGGAGGAGAAUUUAAGAGAACUAGAGAUGGAAUACAGGAGACAGUCAAGGUUCUAGAACUGAACUGAAAAGUUGCCGAUCAAACCUUGCCUUUUACAGCACUUGAACUGCUACAGGAGAAUUUGUGAGUGGCUUUUAAGAACCUAUAAAAUCAAUUUGCUUUGUUCCGGGCCAAGAUUUUUAUCAAAGCUUCCAAUCGAAGAGGGAUCACCUUGUUCAUCAAUUUUGUUAACAUUGACAAGCUGGUAACCUCUGUCUAUCAAGACUGUUGCUUCUUCUACAACUUCUAACCAUUUCAGAGUGAUCAUGAAUGACAGUUACAUUUCAGGGAUUUUGCCACAGAGGAUAAAAAAUGAACAUGUUUUGCAUAAUUCGGCCCUGCAUUAAAACAAUUUUAUUAGCCAUUUUAGUCAUGUUCAGUGUUCUGUUUUUGACUGUCUUAUUUAAGAGUACAUAUUGCUCUUCAUUUGCCACAAAAUCACACCUUCACUAAAACUACAGAUAGUCAUGUUCAUUUAUCAAUUAUCAAAAUCUGCUUAAAUACAAUUACGGACCUUUUUAAAUUCGCAACACAAAUGUAAUUUUUAAAAUCAUGGACUCUGGAAUAAUUCUUUCUUGCGUGGCACAAAUAGCUAUCAUUUAUACGUAUUGAUAGCAUCUAUUUAAUAACAUUAUUUAGCGAUUUUUAAUUUCUAUUUACAUUUUAAAAUAUUUUUACCCUAAUCUUGUCACAGUACCAUAGAGUAUUUAUUACCUUAUCAUAAUCUGUGAAACUUGGAUGUUGUUCAGUGCCUUUGUUUUUGUCAAUUUCAUCACACAAUUUACCUGCCGCAGCAACUUCCCACCAAGCAGAAAAUGUAAAUUAUAGUCAACGAAAAGCUGUGAAAGGUGUUUGAAAUGUCAUUUGUACAUGUACACCCAAGUCCUUUCCUUGCAAAUGAAAACAACCAAUAAUCCCUCUUUUUCGUGUAUCUUUGGCCAGGUUUACAUUCUUCUCAAAAUGUCAAAUGAGAAAUUAUUCGCAAAUAAAUCACAAUCCUAACCAAAAAAUUUAACAUCUAAUGACAUUAUGUUACAUACUUGUUCUGUACUUGUCAGCCCAAAGCUGUUCAACUGUAUUAUGCCAGAAAAAUAUGGAAGGGCUACGUAGCACCGUGAUCAGAAUGUUGACAAGAAUAUAAUAUAUAAUCAGUGCUCUGAAAUACAUACAUAUUUCAGAGCACUGAUUAUAUAUUAUAUUCUUGUCAGCAGUAUUAUGCUGUGGGUACUUUGAAUAGAGCUGUCUAUCUGUUAAAAGGUCACGGAGUGACAGGUGAUAAUGUGAUGAAUUUGUAAGAGCCAACUGUUUUUGCAACGCACCACUUCCGUGUAUCUUUCCUUGGGCUCUUUCUUUUGUAUCUACUUUCCACAAGUGUCUGAAGUAUUAAGUAGAAGCAUUCUGAUAUUCAGUGUUUGGCUUGUGUUGUGUGGAAAACUCAUGAACAUUCCAAGGGAGCGGAAGGUUUCUCUCAUGUUACGGGGAUUCACCUGUUGCAGGUGCAAAUUGUCCUAUUCCAUUAUCUAACUGCAUUAUUGUAUUUCAUAUAGUGUAUGUGCUUAGUGAAUUGAAAUUGUAUUUUAAACACCGAAAUGAUGCUUAACAGUAAUAAAUGUGACUACAGAUUUUUAAGUGA